AUGACUUUCUUCUAUUCUGUAUAUUUGAAUAUUUCUUUCUUUCUUUCUUUAUUUCUUUCUUUCUUUCUUUCUUUCACUAUCUUUCUUUCUUUCUUUCUUUCACUAUUUUUCUUUCUUUCUUUCUUUCUUUCAAUGUCUUUCUUUCAUUCAAUGUCUUACUUUUCUUUUAUAUAUAUGGAUAUUUUCGCCUUCUUCCUCUUGGUGUUUUACCAGAUUUUUCUUUCUUUCAUCUUUAUAUUUGAAUCGUUCAUUUUUGUUUCUUCCAUGAUUUCUUUCUGGUUUCUUCCCUUUUGUUUCUUCCCUAAUUUCUUUCGUGUUUCUUUCCUUAUUUCGUUCUUGUUUUUGCCCUUAUUACUUUCUGGUUUCUUCCCUUAUUUCUUUUUUAUUUCUUCGCAUGUUUCUUGUUUCUUCCCUCAAUUCUUUCCUGUAUCUUCCCUUGUUUUUUCUUGUUUCCGCCCUUAUUUCUUGUUUCUUCCCUUAUUUUUUUUGUUUCUUCACAUGUUUCCUGUUUCUUCCUUUAUUACUUUCUUUUACUUCGCUUAUUUCUUGUAUCUUACCUUAUUUCUUUCUUGUUUCUUUCCUUAUUUCUUUCUUGAUUCUUCCUUUGUUUCUUUCUUGAUUCUUCCUUUGUUUCUUUCUUGUUUCUUUCCUUAUUUCUUGUUUCUUCCCUUCUUAUUUACUUGUUUCUUUUUGAUUUCUUUCCUUUGUUUCUUUCUUGAUUCUUCCUUUGUUUUUCUUGAUUCUUCCUUUGUUUCUUUCUUGUUUCUUCCCUUAUUUCUUGUUUCUUCCCUUAUUUCUUGUUUCUUCCCUUAUUUCUUUUUUCUUCGCUUAUUUAUUUCUUGUUUCUUUCUUUUCUUAGCUUAA